UACGUCACACACACAGUCUCACACACACGGGAUGGAUACAUACACGGAGAUCAGGGGAAGGAGGGAGGGGAAAUACACACACACACACACACACACAGCAUCCGUGUGCAAGCAUCACAGUAUAAGGAUUAAGAGCAUCCCACAUCAUUCACAGCAGCAUGGCGGAAGGUUCUGUGUCUUUGGCUGAGAUUGAAACAGCUUUUAAGAAGUUUGCAGUGCAUGGAGACACCAAGGCCACGGGGAAGGAGAUGAGCGGGAAGAACUUUGCCAAGCUAUGCAAGGACUGCAAGGUGAUUGACGGGAAGGGCGUCACCACCACUGACGUGGACAUCGUCUUCAGCAAAGUCAAAGCCAAGUCAGCACGUGUGAUUACCUUCGAGCAGUUUACCCAGGCUCUGACAGAGCUGGCUCCAAAGCGCUUUAAAGGGAAGAGCCAGGAAGAGGCCCAGCAGCUCCUUUACGGCCUCAUCGCCGGCAAAGAGCCCGCUAACCUAGGCGUCACAAAAGUGGCGAAGGCGGGAGCCGUGGACCGUUUGACAGACAGCACUAAAUUCACCGGAUCUCAUAAGGAACGCUUUGACGAGACGGGAAAAGGGAAAGGCAAAGCAGGAAGAGAGGAUAUUCCCGAUUCCAGCGGCUAUGUGAGUGCAUACAAAGGCCAGGGCACUUAUGAGAGCAAAGUGAAAGAAGGCGAAUGAGAGGACGAGGAGGACGGCGCCGGUUCUGAUCCUGCUGCAUGUAUUAUUGUGUAUUAAUGAUGCUGUAUAUCUGCUUCAUACGUAUUUGGACAAGCUAAACCGAACUAACCUCAACAUCCAUGACCCUUCCCAGGAAGUUCCUGCAUUUUUCCUGCUCUGUACUAACAGCCUUCUCGCUCACAUUCCAGCAGUGUCUCGUCCAACAAAUGCUGUUUCUUUCGCUUUCCUAAUAUUAGUGCCUUGUCGCUUUGGUCCACUGUGAGAAGUUCUGUAGCUUUCAGCCUCUCUUAAGACCAAUGCUAUUUAUUUGACUAAUAAUCUGUAAUAAUCUGUAACCACAUAGAAAGUUAAGACAAAGUGAUCUGAGUGCUAGAAGGUUAGAUGAAUAAUGGUGAACUAAGUUCAGUGCAAAGCUUCACCCUGAUAUCUCACUUACUGUAAAGAGAAAGUAAAUGUUCUCUGCUGGCUAGAUUUCUGCACUUGGAUCAGCUUUCUGUUUUUCACUUUCUGUCUGUAUCUGUUACAUAAUGUUGAAUAUUCCCAAAUAAAAUAUAUCCUCAGAUUAAAAGAAUGUUCUGUUUUUAGGUUUCAGAACAACACACUGUGACCAGUAU